UCCCUCUCUCUGCCACGCUGUGGGGUCUCUCUCCAUGUCUUGUCUUAUCACGCUCUCUCUCUCCCCUGUCUUUACCUCGCUUUCCACUUUCUCUCUGUUUAAGAACAACCCACCACUUCAACUUCUUCCACUCCUUCAUCUUUCUCCUUUCACUCUUGAGACAUCAUGAUGAUUUCAAGUUUCAAGCAACUGGCUGUGGCAUUUGCACUUGGAAAUGAAGGAUAGGCAACGUUGGAGAGCCGAAGAGGAUGCUUUAUUGCGCGCAUAUGUCAAACAGUAUGGUCCUAGGGAAUGGAAUCUCGUGUCACAGCGCAUGAACACGCCUCUUAAUAGAGACGCCAAGUCUUGCUUAGAAAGGUGGAAGAACUACCUCAAGCCUGGCAUCAAGAAAGGUUCUCUCACUGAGGAAGAGCAACGUCUUGUGAUCAACCUUCAAGCAACACACGGCAACAAGUGGAAGAAAAUCGCUGCACAAGUCCCUGGUCGCACUGCCAAGAGAUUAGGCAAGUGGUGGGAAGUGUUCAAAGAGAAGCAACAAAGAGAAACAAAGGGAAAUAACUGUGCUAUUGACCCUAUAAACGAUAGCAAGUACGAGCACAUACUAGAGAGUUUUGCUGAGAAACUAGUCAAAGAUAGGCCUUCACCAUCAUUUGUAAUGGCCACCUCCAAUAGUUCUUAUUUGCACGCAGAUGCGCCAGUGCCGGUGCCGGCACCGGCCUUGCUCCCGUCGUGGCUUUCGAAUUCCAAUGGGACGGCAGCCCCUGUGAGGCCGCCGUCCCCAUCGGUGACUCUUAGCCUUUCGCCAUCGACGGUGGCAGCGCCGCCUGCGUGGCUGCAGCCGGUAAGAGGGCCCGACAAUACCCGCCCUCUUGUGUUAGGCAAUGUGGCACCACACGGCGGUGCUGUCCUAGCCUUUGGCGAAAACAUGGUCAUGUCUGAGUUGGUGGAGUGUUGCAAGGAGUUGGAGGAAGUGCACCAUGCUUUGGCAGCACACAAGAAGGAGGCAGCGUGGCGGUUGAGCCGGGUGGAGCUGCAGUUGGAGUCGGAGAAGGCGAGCCGGCGGAGGGAGAAGAUGGAGGAAGUGGAGGCAAAGAUGAAAGCCCUGAGGGAGGAGCAAACGGUGGCAUUGGAUAGAAUUGAAGCAGAGUAUAGGGAGCAGUUGGCAGGGUUGAGAAGAGAUGCAGAAAGCAAGGAGCAGAAGUUGGCUGAACAAUGGGCUGCAAAACACUUGCGCCUCACCAAGUUCCUAGAACAGGUAGGAUGCAGAUCAUGGCUCAAUGAACCAAAUGGGAGAUAGAGUGAGACCAUUCACAAUUUGGAAAUCUAGUUUGCUCUUGUUAUUAUUAUGUCUUGAAUUUAUUUAUAUGAACUUCAUAGUCAUAGUAGUUUUGUUGCUGUCAUUAUUCUGAAAAAUGUUUGUCACAUAUGGCUUUUCAUAUCCUAUGUUUGUUACAUAUGGCUUUUCAUAUCCUAUGUUUGUUACAUAUGGCUUUUCAUAUCCUAUCUUUUGAUACAACUUGAGGACUUGCA